UCCCUCUCUCUCUCUCAUAUCUUAGUCUGCAAAUCAGAAAAGAAGUAGCACGACCGAGAGGACAAGAGGACGACGGAAACGCCGCUUCCCGCCGGAGCCUCGCUCAGGCAAGACUUUAUUGGUCUCCGGAAUCGCAGGGAGGGUAAAAGAACUGAAAAUUUGACGAUUUACGGGAUCUUGAUUGCAAAUUUUAGUCUUUUAAUAUUGAAAUUGUGAGACCGAUGUUGCACAUGAAACCCUUUUUCUUGGUAUUCUUAUCGGGAGAAAAAUUGUAUUUUUUUUUGUCUUCGGGUACAUAAAUACUCUCCAUUUGUUGUUGUUGUUUUUUUUUUGCUUUUUGUGAACUGGUGGAAUUGAAUUUUAAAAUUCUUCUGGUUCUGUGGAAGGCAUUUAUGUUAAUUCCAUGUAAUGAUUUUAGGUUUCUAGCUUAGCUAUCUAUAGUCAAUUUACAGAACACUUUGUUUUUUCGAAAAUCAAUUUGCAUAAUCACAUACCUAAUUGGGUGUUAAUGCUGUUUUCUGUUUAAUAUGAUUUAGAUGAUCGGAUAGAUCUUUUAAUGCAACUUAUCUUCUUGAAUAGGGAAAGUGACAUAGUUAGAUGUUGUUGGUGAUCAUGUUCCCUUAUCGUCCGUUCGUUGGAUCUCUUUAUGAUCUGAAACAUAUGGAAAUUGUUUUGGUUACUGAUGUAUGCUAUAUUGCAUUUUGUAUAGCUAUGGUAAUAUGCCUAUGUUUAUUAUUUGCAAUCUUUCAUGGUUCUUUGCCUACAGAGUUUUGAAAUAACAAGAAAGCAAACCCCUGUGAUGUCCCUAAGAUGGUCCAAGGGUUACUCAUAAACGUAAACUAAAGGAUCUGUUAUUUCAUUUUUAUAACGAUAUUGUUGGUACUAUAGCUUGAUUGUUCUGGUCAUAUGUUUUUCUGUUUGUUUUGUAUUUCAGUUGGCUGUCAAGCAUGUAGUGGUUACUGAGAGAACUCUUAUGGAAAUAACAGUUAUGUUUUGAAAAGGAUGGAUUGCAAGUUAGUUUACCAGUUCUGCGUCGUUCUUAUAGUAUUAUAUAGAAAAGCGGACAGAGAAACUUCUACUUAGUUGUCCUUACUCCUUAGUUGAUAGUGCUAUUGGGAGAAAGUUGCAACUCUUGCCUGUCAUUCUUUUUUUUUUUCACUUUUUUAUUAUUUCAAGUAAAAUUUACCGUCCUCCUUUUUUCUUUUUUUAACCCGACAGAGUCUAAGUGUCAUGGAGCCUAAUAGGAUUUGUAGAGCUGUCCACCUAUUGAGAUGAGACACGGAUUAUUGGAAAAUGUUUCUUCAUGUUGGAUCAUUUUAUGCUUUUGUGACAAUGCUCAUGGAUUUUGCCGUUGGCUUCAUGUAUAUUAUAUAACUCCAACAUAAACAUGCGAGGGCUUUGUAGGUCCCAGAUCAAGUCAUUAACAUCAAACAAUCAAGAACACAAGAAUAUAGAUGUGGAGCUGUUGGCUGUAUAUUGAUUAAGAACAAUUCUCUCUUUACACGGUGUGUUCUUUCUCUCAUUAAGCUCAAUCAAUGUCUAACAGAAUUAACCAAACUAACUAACAAAGCAACCGAUUUAUACUCUAGAGGUUACACAAACAACUAUUAUAAAGACUAACUGAAAAUACAGUAAAACAGUUACAACACAGGGACUUGAAUACAAUAUUAAUUCCAAUAGGCUAAUCUUCUUAAAUUCUACAUGGAUCUGUAACUUGAAUAAAAGCCUGGUUUGUAGUCACUGAUUUGGAUAUUACUAAAGAUUGUCGCAAGUAGUGUGUUCAGUGACCUAUCCUACAUAAGCAAUUGACCAAAUUAGUCCAGAUGAUAUCCUCUGUGGCACUGUAUUCUAACUAUAGUACAUGUUAAAUUUUAUCUUGACAACUAUUCAGGAUGCACUCCUUUGUUCCAUAAUAUAAUUGGGAUGCUAAUUGAGUAGAAAAGGUAAUUGUGAAUAUUAAGCUGUACUUUUCAGCAGCGUCGCCUGUGUACUUUAAUCAAGUUUCUUUUAAUUGUGAAUCUCUUUAGUAGGAGUAGCCUCUGCAUUUCCAGUGCUCAAAUCAAGUGACAAUGGUGCUUUAUUAAGAUAAUGUAGUCAAUCGAAUAAAUAAUUUUACAUUAUCAUGUUAGAUUUGUAUCUUCUAAAAAAGUGCUGAGGUCAUAGGAAGUAUAUAUAUCUAGUUUGAACUUCUAAAGUUAUCACAUCUGCAGCUGCCAAUGAUCAAUUCUAUCAAACAAAGGUAAUAUUUGGUUGGAUGGCAUGUAGGCUUAGAAUGCAUUUGGGCCUCUUAGCUUUUUUGCAAGUCAAUACAUAACUUUUUCUUCAAGCAAUUUGUUGCCUCUACUUCUUUCUUAUGAAUUUUAUUACAUUACACAUUCUACACAGGUAGGUGAUGGCAAUCUUAAUGUAUCCUGUUAACUAGGGAGAUCUCCAGUUUCAUUCCUGGAUAGAUUGGAAGUGAGUAGGGGAUACAAAUGGCUGCUUUGUUGUCCAGUGACCCGAUGCAUUCUGGAAUGCAUGAAGGUGGUCCUUAUAAGCAGUCUGAUAAUAAGCCAGAGGAAAAUGGUGGCCGCUGGUAUUUUUCUAGGAAAGAAAUAGAAGAAAACUCACCUUCUAGAUCAGAUGGCAUUGAUUUGAAGAAGGAGACUUAUCUGCGCAAAUCAUAUUGCACAUUCCUGCAGGACUUGGGUAUGAGACUUAAAGUGUGUAUGCAUGAAUUCAUGUUCUUGCGGUAUAUGGCUUUAGUCUGUCAAAUAGUUACUGAAUUACUCAUUCAGAAAAGGCGAAAACCUGUUAUUUUCAGGGACUGUGUUAUUGUCAUAUGCUACAAAAUCAAUGUUACACGAUCCUUUCAUGAGUGGGAUAAGCCCCAGGUAACUAUUGCUACUGCUAUUAUCUUUUGCCAUCGUUUCUUCCUUCGCCAGUCGCAUGCAAAGAAUGACAGGAGGACGGUUGCAACAGUCUGCAUGUUUCUUGCAGGCAAGGUUGAAGAAACUCCUCGUCCUUUGAAAGAUGUCAUCCUUGUUUCCUACGAAAUUAAUCACAAAAAGGAUCCUGAGGCUGUACAGAGAAUCAAACAGAAGGAGGUGUAUGAACAACAAAAAGAAUUAAUUUUAACGGGAGAACGUGUAGUUCUUGCAACUCUUGCUUUCGACUUCAAUGUGCAUCAUCCAUAUAAGCCACUUGUUGAGGCCAUAAAGAAGUUUAAGGUUGCUCAAAAUGCGCUUGCCCAGGUUGCAUGGAAUUUCGUGAAUGAUGGGGCAUGCAGGCUUCGGACAUCACUCUGUUUGCAGUUUAAGCCCCAUCACAUUGCAGCCGGUGCGAUUUUUCUUGCCGCCAAGUUUCUCAAAGUAAAGCUUCCAUCAGAUGGCGAGAAGGUUUGGUGGCAGGAGUUCAAUGUUACCCCACGCCAAUUGGAAGAGGUUAGCAACCAAAUGUUAGAACUAUAUGAACAAAAUAGGAUGCCGCCUUCUCAAACUAGUGAGGUUCUUGACGGAAGUACAGGUGGCGGGGUCACUCAGAAGGCACGACCCCCUGCUGUUAACGAAGAACAUGGCGCAAACGACAGUGAUUCUCAUGUUGGUGCCACUUCCAUUUCCGGAACCUCAAACCCCGCAUCAUCAAGACCCACUCCCGAUCAACUCUAUCAAGAUAAUGGUGGCGGCCAUCCAAGAACAUCCCAAGAUCAUAGCAACGAUGAUGGAAGUACGGAUCGAAACAAAGAUAUCAUUUCUGAUGUGGAGAACAACGAUGAUCAGCAUUGUGAAUCAGAAAACGGCGACGGUAAAGAAGGGGAAACGAACUCGAUGUGUGGGCCCAAGCGGCAUGAGGUCGAAGACCAAGAAUUCCGUGGUCAAAAUGUGGAUUACAGAAGCCAGCCGUCACCCAAGGAUGCGAUAAGAAAGAUAGAUAAAGAUAAAGUUAGGGCGGCUCUAGAGAAACGAAGAAAAGCACGCGGUGGUGAUGUGAGUCGGAGAACGGAGUUCAUGGAUGAGGAUGAUCUGAUCGAGCGGGAACUAGAAGAUGGUGUAGAAUUGGCGGCUGAAUCUGAGAAAAGCAAACAAGAGAGAAAACAGAGUUGGUUGAAACCUUCGAAUCUUGAUGAUAAAGAGGUUGAAGAUUUUGAGGCAGUAGAAGAAGGGGAGGUGGGAAUGGUGGGGGAAGGUGGCGGGAGACAGCGGUCGCCACUCAAGUCUGGUGGCCGGAAAAGGAAGACAAGCGGGAGCCCACCGCUGGAGAAACGAAGAAGAAACUGAAGGAUGGUUUCUUACAUAAAGAGAAGGUGAGGGUUUUACGUUCUUUGUAUUUAAAUGAGAAAAAUAUUGUAUUCAUUGUGGUAGCCAUGGAUGUGGCAACUGUUCAUCCUUCAUGUUCUUGUUCUUGUUCUUGGUGGUGGAACUAAAUUUUGGUUGUGUAUUGCUUUCUGCUCAUCAAAUGGCUUCUUUAUUUAUGAAAAUCAACACUCUCUUUC